AUGAGAUCAAAAUUUGGGGAUUUUUGGAGGUUCAAGUUCUACAGGGCCCGGGCCUUCCGCGUGGGCCGCGUGCGCAGCAUCUUCUGCAGCCUGCGCGGCAACGGCAAAGCCAACGAGGCCGACAUCAGGAUGGUGGUCAACAAGUUCUACAGUUCUACAGCCGGGGGUGCCCCCGGUGCCCCUGACCCCGCCCCGCCCCUCCCCCAGCGGUACCAGGCGGAGAUCAAUGACCUGGAGAACCUGGGCGAGAUCGGCAGCGGCACCUGCGGGCAGGUGUGGAAGAUGCGCUUCCGCAAGACCGGCCACGUCAUCGCCGUCAAGCAAAUGCGGCGCUCGGGGAACCGUGAGGAGAACAAGCGGAUCCUGAUGGACCUGGACGUGGUGCUCAAGAGCCACGACUGCCCCUACAUCGUGCAGUGCUUCGGCACCUUCAUCACCAACACGGACGUGUUCAUCGCCAUGGAGCUCAUGGGCACCUGCGCAGAGAAACUGAAAAAGAGAAUCCAGGGACCCAUCCCCGAGCGCAUCCUGGGCAAGAUGACGGUGGCAAUCGUGAAGGCGCUGCUGUACCUGAAGGAGAAGCACGGCGUCAUCCACAGGGACGUGAAGCCCUCCAACAUCCUGCUGGACGAGCGGGGCCAGGUCAAGCUCUGCGACUUCGGCAUCAGCGGCCGCCUGGUGGACUCCAAGGCCAAGACCCGGAGUGCCGGGUGUGCCGCGUACAUGGCGCCCGAGCGCAUCGACCCCCCCGACCCCACCAAGCCCGACUACGACAUCCGGGCGGACGUGUGGAGCCUGGGCAUCUCCCUGGUGGAGCUGGCCACGGGGCAGUUCCCGUACCAGAACUGCAAGACGGAUUUCGAGGUUCUGACCAAGGUGCUGCAGGAGGAUCCGCCCCUGCUGCCCCCGGCCAUGGGAUUCUCCGGGGACUUCCAGGCCUUCGUGCGCGACUGCCUCACCAAGGACCACAGGAAGAGACCAAAGUACAACAAGCUACUGGAGCACACCUUCAUCAAGCGCUAUGAGACGCUGGAGGUGGACGUGGCCUCGUGGUUCAAGGACGUGAUGGCGCGCACAGAGUCCCCGCGGCCCGGGGGCGCGCUGGGCCACCACCUGCCCUUCUUCACCAGGUAGCGCCUGCCGGCGCCGCCGCGCCCGCCGGGACAGCGGGGACAGCCCUGGGGACAGCGGGGACAGCGCCUGUGACACCGGGGACAGCCGGGACACCUCUGGGGACACCAGGCACAGC